UUCAACAGUGACAAAAGUGGAUUUAAUCUGCACAAAAGCGAUUAUUAUUUUUAUAGACUUGUGUUUUUCUGCUAAGUUUCAGUGGAAUCAUCAUUAUUUUUCGUUUCUUGUUAUCAUUUUACAUAACCUCAAAAUAUUAUUGUGGUAUAAGUAUAAACUUGGCAAUGGGGAUACCUGGAGGAGUAAAAUGUGCAGUCAAAGACUGCAAGAGUAAGUACUUAGAUAAUAAUCAACAUACACCAUUGACAUUUUUUAGGUUCCCUAAUCCUAGGACCCAAGAAGUGAGAAUGAAUUCAUGGCAACUGGCGUGCAAUGAUGAAUUGAUCAUGGCUACUGAUCCUAUGAAAUUGUAUGGAAGCAUGAGAAUUUGCAGUCUACAUUUUGAGGAUCAUUUGAUGGAAAAGCACAAACUGAAAGAAAAUGCUGUUCCUACACUGAACUUGGUGGUAUCUUUAUCAGGCUCCAUACAUGAGGAGCAUUCAUAUUUCAGUGAUGAAAAUAUAGAAGUAGGUCAUUUUAUGGAAAUAGAUAGCUCUGAAGAUGGGAUGAACACAAGAGCAAGAAGCAUUGGUACCCAAACAGAACCAGAUAUGGUGGGCACAGGAACACAGACACUUGUGCAGAAGUCUGAUUCUCAAGUGCAGACAGAAAAGCAACUUUCAGCUAUCACACCAAGAAAAAUCAAAUUAAUCAAGAAAAUAAAUGUGGUAUAUUGAAAACUAUUUCCUACAUUUUACUGAUUUAUUUUGUUAUUGAUUUGAUUAAAAUCUUCAUUCGAAAUGAUGUUUAUUUUUAUUUCAUAUGUGCAAACCUACCUUGAAUACU